AUGCUAGUUCUCCGGCAGCUUCUGGCCAUUGCCGUGGCCAAUACCAUCCUAGCAAUUGCAGCUUUCCCCUCCAAGCCGCCAGGCAAGCAAUCGUUUGACUGGGAUGCUACACGAUACUUAAUUGCCUUCGGUGACUCGUAUACGUACGUGCAAGGCACAUAUGGCCAUCAGAACUACAGCUUCAUCGGAGAUCAGCUGAACUUCGAAUAUGAUGCCAAAACCUUGCUCACGAACAAGAUCGUUCAGAACCAGACUGCCACGGCAGAAGGUGGCCCGAACUGGGUCGAGUUCCUCACUGAUUGCGGAGUCCACAAGGGACUCACCUCGCCGCGGAGCUGUAGAAAGCAACAACUCUGGGACUUUGCGUUCGCGGGCGCAGACAUCUCAGUCGAACAUCUGCCCCUUCAUCACAACUUCACCGUCUCCCUCGUCAACCAGGUCUCCCAGUACAAGAAAUUCGGGUAUCCCGUCCUCAAGCACGUAGUCAAUCCAUCCCAGACAUUAGUCGCCAUCUGGAUCGGCAUCAACGACAUCAACGACAGCGCCAAGUACAGCGUCGAUUUCCCUAGUUUCUACAAUAAACUGAUGGACACGCUGUUCUCCUCCGUGCAAGACCUCUACGGUCUCGGCUACCGCUCCUACCUCUUCAUGAACCUGCCCCCUCUGGACCGAACUCCCAGCAAUCAGGCUCGGGCCAGCCCCAGCCCCAACGCGACCCAAGUCGCGUGGUUCAACGAGGCGCUGGAGCAGCACGCAGGGGUUUUCCAGACGGCACACGCCGACACGAAUGUCCUCGUCUUUGACGCGCACAGGACACUCAGCGAUAUGAUGGAUCAUCCCGCGCAGUACGGCAUCGUGAACACGACACAUUUCUGCGCCGGGUAUGACCAGCCCGAUAUCGACUGGAAUUAUCGGGCGCAUGGGUGUCCAACGCCAUUGGAUUCGUAUUUUUGGUUCAACUCGGGCCAUUUGACGAGCCAUACGCAUCAGAAGCUAACGGAGGUCUUGGAGAAGCGGUUGGGGGAGUGGAGUGAAUGA